AUGAAAGUAUACAAGCCUCCCAUUCCAUUCCCUCAUAGGAUUGUUGAAAAGAAAUUGAAUGAAAAGUUUUCAAACUUUCUUGAAGUCAUGAGAGAACUUCAAGUGAAUAUCCCCUUUCUUCAUGCUAUUUCACAAAUGCCUACAUAUGCAAAAUUUUUGAAGGAUCUUUUAUCCAACAAGAGUAGGCUUGAAGAGAGUACAACCAUCUCCCUUCCUAAGGAGGUGAGUGCAAUCAUUCAAAACAAGCUUCCUCAAAAGCUUGGUGACCCCGGUAUCUAUGCAUUACCGAUGAAGAUUGGAGACUUAGAGGCUAUGGAUGCUUUAUGUGAUCUUGGGGCAAGUGUGAGUUUGAUGCCCUAUUCUAUCGCUAAGAGUUUGAAAGUGGGAGACUUGAAGCCAACAAGAAUGUCCUUACAAUUGGCCGACCGCACGGUUAGGCUACCUUUGGUAAUUCUUGAAGAUGUGCUGGUUCAAGUUGGAAGUGUAUUUUUGCCAUGUAAUUUUUUGGUAAUGGAAAUGGAAGAAGAUACUACGGUGCCCCUAAUCUUGGGAAGACCGUUUUUGAACACCGCGGGUGUUGUGAUUGAUAUGAAGCAAGGAAGAUUGACCUUAAAUGUUGGAGAUGAGAAAAUAUCAAUUUCAUUCCCACAAACAUUGAAAAAGACAUUGUAUGAUGAAGUUCAUAGAGUUGAUACAUUGGAAAGGGACUUAGAGAAGUUCCAAGAGAAUUUGUUUGAAGGAGAUCCUUUGCAAGCUAUUCUAACGGGAGGCUUAGUUGAGGAAGGUGAAGAAACAAUGGGGUAUGAUCUUUUGCUCAACCAACCUUUAGUGCACAACGAAAAGAAAGUGGAAGUGCUUAAUGUGGAGGUAAAAGAGGAGAGGACUACACCUCCUCACAAGGUUGAACUUAAACCCCUUCCUCCUUUACUUAAAUAUGCUUUUCUUGAUGAUAGUGAGAGUUAUCCCAUUAUUGUCAAUGCUAAACUUGAUGAUACCUCUCUUGGGGAACUCCUAGUUGUUUUAAGGGAGUAUAGAGGUGUCAUUGGGUACAAAAUUGAUGAUAUUAAGGGGAUAAGUCCUACUAUACGCAUGCAUAAGAUUUUACUUGAUGAUGAUCAUGCUUCCUCGAUUGAGCACCAAAGAAGGCUCAAUCCAAACAUGAAGGAAGUUGUGAAAAAAGAAGUUUUAAAACUUCUUGAAGCAGGCUUAAUCUACCCUAUCUCCGAUAGUAAGUGGGUUAGCCCGGUUGAAGUUGUGCCUAAAAAAGGAGGCAUGACCAUCAUCAAGAAUGAUAAGGGUGAGACCAUUUCUACGAGGUGCAUUGAAGUAGAUCGUGCCAAAAUUGAGGUCAUUGAGCGCCUCCCACCCCCUACAAAUGUGAAAGGGAUAAGGAGAUUUCUUGGACACACGGGUUUUUUCCGCCGGUUCAUAAAGGAUUUUUCAAAAAUCGCAAAGCCGCUCACUCAAUUGUUGGUAAAGGAUGCCCCUUUUGUGUUUACUAAUGAUUGUUUGCUAGCAUUUUAUAGGUUGAAGGAGGCAUUGAUUUCAGCUCCUAUCAUUCAACCCCCUAAUUGGGAGCUUCCUUUUGAGCUUAUGUGUGAUGCUUCGGAUUUUGCCAUUGGGUCCGUUCUUGGACAAAGGAAGGAUAAUAAGCUCCAUGCUAUCUACUACACUAUCAAAACUUUGUAUGAUUCACAAAGGAAUUACACAACCAUGGAAAAGGAGUUUCUAGCCAUUGUUCAUGCAAUUGAGAAAUUUAGGUCAUACUUGUUAGGAUCUAAAGUCAUAGUCUUCACCGACCAUGCGUCCUUGAAGUACCUCUUGUCUAAGAAGGAACCAAAGCUAAGAUUGUUACGGUGGGUCUUGCUCUUACAAGACUAUGACAUUGAGACUAGGGACAAGAAGGGUUCCGAAAAUGUGGUGGUCGAUCAUCUUUCACGGUUGCCUAUCCUUGUAGGUGAUCUUGAUAACUUUCCAAUCGACGAUUCAUUCCCGGAUGAUCAACUAUUUGCUAUUCUCCAAGCACCAGCACCAUGGUUUGCGGACAUUUCAAACUACUUAUCUUGCUCUAUUCUUCCUCCCGACCUCUCCUAUCAACAAAAAAGGAAGUUUCUUCAUGAUGUUCGCUAA